AUGCCUUUGGAUGGUUUGGGGGCUUCCUCGGCGUUAGGUGACGUCUGCGGGGCUGAGUGGGAGGUUUACGCUCAUCCAAUAUUUUCAAAAACUGGAAAUUUUCCUCCAGAAAUGAUAAAGAGGAUAGCGGAUAAAAGUGCUGCACAAGGUUUUCUUAGAUCAAGAUUACCCGAACUAUCAAGCACGGAAGUAAAAUUUAUACAAGGAACCUCUGACUUCUUUGGACUGAAUCAUUAUUCAACGUAUAUUGUUUAUAGAAAUGAGAGUUCACCUGAAAUUCAUCCUGUACCAACAUUCGGUGACGAUCUUGAUAUAAUAGCAUAUCAGUUACCUGAAUGGAAAAUUGGAAGAUCAAAUAUUACUAAGUAUGUUCCUUGGGGUUUUCAGUCGUUAUUAAACUAUAUCAGUCAUCAAUACGGAAAUCCACCUAUAUUAGUUAUUGAGAACGGAUUUGCGACCCAUGGUGGUAUUAACGACCAAGAUAGAGUGACAUACUAUAGAGGUUACUUGAAUGCUGUUCUAGAUACCAUCGAAGAUGGUGUUGAUAUAAGAGGGUAUACUGCCUGGAGUCUCAUGGACAAUUUUGAGUGGGCGAAUGGAUACAUCGAACGCUUUGGUCUGUAUGAAGUUGACUACAACGACCCAAACCGCACUCGUACGCCUCGCAAGUCUGCUUAUGUACUGAAGGAAAUAAUGAGGACACGAUCUAUUGAUCCCAACUAUGAACCUGACAUGAACCAACCUCUGACCAUUGAUGAUGGACAUUAA